AUGAAGACACGCCUGCAUCCCGAGUGCCUCCCCUAUCGGGCAGCUGGCAUCCAGACUCAGCAGAACCUGGCACAGCCAGACUUCCACCUUCUUACAGAUGCUACGCAGACCGUAGUACACCAACUUUCCCUUCUCCCAAAUAUACCGAUCAUGAACAUGCAGAACCAGCUUGAUCAAGUCAUGGGCAUGCUGCGGGGGAUUGAUCAACAUCUCCACCGAAUUGACGCGCGAAUGGAUCAAUUGGAUGCGCGCAUGGAUCGGCUCGACACGCGCAUGGAUCAACUCAACACUUGUAUAGACGAGGUUGAUGCUCGCAUGAAUCUGAUGGCUGCGAACGUACUAGCCACGUCGGCAACUGGAUAUUUUGCUGCGGGAGUUUGA